AUACAAUAUGCACCUCUCGAACCUCAUUCUCCUCCCCCUCGCCCUCCUCCCCCUAGUCACCGCAGACUCCGACUCAGGCGAAGGAUCAUGGUCCAUCCGAGGAUAUAAGACUAAGGAAGACGAUGCCAAACCCCCUAAGCCCGAUCAAUACGAAGACCUUGCCAGCGGCCGCAACGUUAUCGAAUGCGGCGACCUGUCCAACGGCGACGAACUUCGUUUUAUCAAGGGCAAUCCGGGAGAUUUUGUUGUCACUGUUUACCGGGGUCCCACGGAGGGCGAGGACAAGAGGUGCUCGGGGGAGGGGGCGACUGUUCAGCCUGGAAAAGUCUAUGAGGGACCAUUUAAGCAAUACGAGGUGCAGUUCAUUCCGAUAAAGAAGCGGAGUGAGAAGGCGCUGAGAAGUUGAGUUGCCUGAUGGAUUGUUUGAUACUGGUCCUUUCUUCACAUUAUGUCUCCCUGGUUGGUUCGCGGUGCUGGAC